AUGCUCCCCGCGCAGGAAGCGGCUAAGAUCUACCACACCAACUACGUGCGUAACGCACGCGCCGUGGGUGUCCUGUGGACCAUCUUUACCAUCUGCUUCGCCAUCUUGGUGAUGGUGGUGUUCAUACAGCCCUACUGGAUCGGUGACAGCGUCAACACGCCGCAGGCGGGCUACUUUGGCCUGUUCCACUACUGUAUCGGGAACGCGCUCACCGGCGAGCUCAUCUGCAAAGGGAGCGCGCUGGACUUCGGCUCCAUCCCGUCCGGGGCCUUCAAGACAGCCAUGUUCUUCGUUGGCAUCUCCAUGCUGCUGGUUGUGGGCAGCAUUGUUUGCUUCAGCCUCUUCUUCUUCUGUAAUGCCGGCAGCGUCUACAAGAUCUGCGCAUGGAUGCAGUUGGCCUCCUCCACUUGCAUGGUGAUAGGCUGUAUGAUCUACCCUGACGGCUGGGACAGUGAGGAGGUGAAGAGGAUGUGUGGACAGAGAACAGAUAAGUACACCCUGGGUAACUGCACGGUGCGCUGGGCCUACAUCCUGGCUAUCAUCAGCAUCAUGGACUCCCUCAUCCUCUCCUUCUUAGCUUUCUCCCUGGGAAACAGACAGGACCAACUACUGCCUGACAACUUUCAGGUGGACGGGAAAGAAAAAGACAAAGGUAUUGAGGGAGAAGAGGAAAGGGGUGAGAGGUAG